AUGGCUGCUAUUCACGCGCCCUCCCCGAAACUGGACCGCUAUGUCGUUAUCCACGUUGCUACCACCUGCGAUGAACAUGGCGUGUAUGUCACCAAGGACUCGGCAGAGGUCAUCGAAUUGGGCUGGAUAUUGCUGGACUCUGAAAACUGCAAGGAGUUGCAUCGCGAGAGCGUCCUAGUUAAACCAGUUAAUACCCCAAUUACCCCCCUCUGCACGAGCUUGACUACCCUCACCUGGGAACAUGUCCGCUCAGCAGGAACAUUCCGGGACGCCAUCAACCAGUUUGAUGCCUUCGCCCAGGAGCAUCUCCUCUCCAAGAACCUCGAGUUCUCUUUCGUAACAUUGGAUUCUUGGGACAUGCGUGUCCAACUCCCUCGCGAAGCCCGAGACAAGGCGGUUGUCCUACCCCCAUACCUCCAGCACUCGCGUACCUUCGACCUGCGGACGGAAUACCAGCGAUGGCAGCAACACCACCCCGAGUCUCUCCCAUUCGGUCCCAGUGACCUAGCAAACAUAUGUGCUGCUCUCGAGGUCGAGCCCAUGCAGUCAUCCGCUCCCAUCAAACACAAUCUCCCCUUCCAUCUGCAGGCUCUGGCCCCUGCAUCUCCAAGGCGUGCUAUGGAGGAAGCAAUUACUCUGGCCCGAGUCCUCCAUGGAUUGAUCAGAAAAUCACAACCUGCCCACGAACACCCGGAGAUUCUCACCCGCCCAAUGGACGCUCGAGCUGACGUCCGCGCUUUCUUGGCCGAACGCAGUAAAGUUCUUCACAUGAGCGGUCUACCGCACGACACCACCCAGUCCGAGCUAGAGAGUUGGUAUACCCAGUUCGGAGGUCGUCCAAUUGCCUUUUGGACUCUGAGAACCCCUGACCAGCACAAACCUACUGGCACUGGAUUUGCUGUUUUCUCGUCUCACGAAGAAGCUGCGGAAAGUCUCUGCAUGAAUGGGCGUGCUCUGAACGACAAGGCCAUCGAAGUAUCUCCUUCCUCUAGCCGUGUUCUGGACCACGCUGCCGAAAUCCUUACUCCGUUCCCUCCUAGUAAGAAUCGUCCUCGCCCGGGCGAUUGGACUUGCCCAUCCUGCGGAUUUUCCAACUUCCAGCGCCGUACGGCAUGCUUCCGCUGCUCUUUCCCGGCUGUCGGAACUGCCCCAGACCCAAUGGGUUAUGGAGGCUAUGGCUAUGGUCCUCCAUCGAUGAUGCCCCCGCCACACCAUAUGGGACACCAUGGAGGUCAUGGACACUCACGAGGCAUGGGCGGAAAUGGUGGUGUAGUUCCGUUCCGAGCUGGUGACUGGAAGUGCGGUGCUGAGGGCUGUGGCUACCAUAAUUUUGCCAAGAAUAUCAACUGCCUUCGCUGCGGUGGUCCUCGCUCUGGUGCUGCGGUAGUUGCGGACUCUGCUUUCCCUUCGCCAAUGGAUCCUCCAUCUGGGUUUGGAAUGGGUCCGGCAUCUAUUGCCAGCACCCCAGGCCCAGGCCCAUUCGCUUCUAGUGCAGGUGGCUUCGGUGCCUUUGGACAACAGUUUGGAGGUCCUCCCAGCACCUACGCACUUCCCUCUGGCCUGGGAGCCGCCUCCGGCCCCUACCCACCAAUGGGCCAAAUGAGUCAAAUGAAUCAAAUGAAUGCUCCCUACGGAUCAGCCAAUGCAUCCCAUUCCGCGGCCUCGUUCGGUAAUCCGGCCACCCAGGCUGCCUUCACUGGUGCAGACCAUGUCCCUCAGCCCGUUGGCGCCUCCAACGGCAACUUUUAUGGCAACGAUGCCUCCGCUGAUCCCUUCGCUUUCUUGGCCUCCGGACUGGGCUCUUUGACUGUGGAAGAGUCCCGCAGGAAUGGUGCGGCAAAUAACAAAUCUCCAGCAUAA